GAAACCUAUCCUCUAAAGAUCAUUGCAAGAGAUGAAGAAUCCGGGGAAACGGUAAACUGCACUGUGACUGUGAAGGUCUUGGCUCAUGGGCAAGCAGCACCCCGGGAUCCAUCAGAGCCGAGAGCCAUGUUUACUCUGCCAGACUUUCCCGUGAUAGGUGCUGGACUUGGGGUUCUUGGGAUAUUGUUUAUGUUUCUGAUAUUCCUUUUAAUAAGAACUGUGAAGAAUCAUCGGCAACAACAGCAACAGAUGAGCCAAACUUCACUUGUCACAGAGAAGCAUCCUAGUGUGGUGAAUACCAGCAAAUCUUCACCCCCAGGAGAGGAGCAAGGCUACCAAAAUGCAGCUUACAGUGAAAGCCCUGAUGAAGUGAAGAUCUGCGAAGAGCAAGAUAAGGGGAUGUCACCUAACAAACAAAGCAAAGUAAAAGAGUCAGGGAAGGCAGACGGGAAUGCAGGCAAGCCGCAAAAGAGGACACCAGCGGUAGCUGUGAUCUCACCUGGAAACCAGUGUAUUGGAAGCUCUCCAUGCAGAAACAGACAAGAAUCGUCAGCUGAGCCUUUGAAUAGAAAUCAAUGUACCCACCAGGAAGCUUCCCCAACAAAGGAACUCCAAUCAAAAAAAGUUGGGAUCACUCAAGCACUGGUGGUCAGUGAGGAAGUGGACAGCAGUUACCUGAAGCCUCCACGAGACGAUGACCUUGGUAGCCAUCUUCAGGCUGUCAAUGAUGCAACCACUGAUGCCAACAAGGAAGUAUCAGACAACCAGGAUACCUCAGGAAUAUGGCCUGAACCCCCACAACUAUCCCGGCUGCCCAUUGUUGUAGAAGUGAAUGAGGAAGUACCGGAACAUGAUGGAGAACAGAAUGCUCAAACUCCACCAAUGGGCAGUGAGAUUAUUACUCCUGGCUCUCUCAUGCAGUUAAUGGAUGACUCAAUUGAAUGUUAA